AUGAUUGCUUUGUUAGCGCUGGUGUUAGGUUUCACAUCCUCAACAGCAGGCAGUGUACCCAACGAAUCGAAGAAUAAUAACGAUUGGUGGAAAUCGGGCAUCUUCUAUCAAAUCUAUCCGCGUUCGUUUUUGGACAGCAAUGGAGAUGGUGUGGGUGAUUUGCGUGGCAUCGCGUCACGGUUGGAGUAUUUGAAAGAGAUCAACAUUACCGGAUUUUGGCUGUCACCGAUAUUUAAAUCCCCAAUGGCCGACUUCGGGUACGACAUCUCGGACUACUACGAGAUACAGCCCGAGUAUGGAACGUUGCUGGACUUCAUCGAUUUGAGAUCGAAGGCCAACGAACUCGGCAUGGAAGUUAUUCUCGAUUUCGUUCCCAACCAUACGAGUGACGAGCAUGAGUGGUUUAAGAAAUCGGAACAGCGCGUGCCGGGCUUUGAGGAUUUCUACGUAUGGCAUGCCGGGCGACCGAAUCCACAAAACGCCACGGCACAACCGACCGUACCAUGCAACUGGGUUAGUUUCUUCCGGGGCAGUGCGUGGCAGUGGAGCGAGGUGCGCAAAGAGUAUUACUUGCAUCAGUUCUCCGUGAAGCAACCCGAUCUCAACUACAGAAAUCCCGCCGUUGUGGAGGCUAUGAAGAACGUAAUGCGAUACUGGCUGGGACUGGGUGUAGCAGGCUAUCGUAUCGAUGCAGUACCGACUUUGUUUGAGGUUGCACCCGACGCUGACGGGAACUACCCAGAUGAGCCAAUCAGCGGCAACACGGACGACCCAAAUGACCCCGGUUAUCUGGUACACAUUUACACGCAGGAUCAAAACGAAACGCUCGACAUGGUUUACCAGUGGCGUGCGGUGAUGCAAGAGUUUCAAAAGGAUGCUGGCGUUCGCGAGCGCAUUAUAAUGGCCGAGACAUAUUCUCCGAUCGAGAUCGUGAUGAAGUAUUACGGCAAUGGUACCGUGCCCGGUGCCCAAAUACCGUUUAAUUUUCAUUUCAUUACCGACCUGAACAAAGAUUCAACGGCGGAGGAUUUUCUGCGCACCAUCCAAUAUUGGCUUGAUCACAUGCCGUCGAUGGAGAGCUUUGUUCCAAACUGGGUGUUGGGCAAUCACGACCAGCACCGUGUAGCCACCAGGUUCGGGGAGGAUAUGGUAGAUGCGAUGAAUAUGAUUAUGCUUUCCUUGCCGGGUGUUGCUGUCACCUACAACGGCGAAGAGAUUGGAAUGGACGACGUGUGGAUAUCGUACAAUGAUACGGUAGAUCCAGCAGCUUGUAAUGCGGGUCCGGACCGCUAUCAAUACACUACGCGCGAUCCCGAACGAACACCUUUCCAGUGGGAUUCUACCAAAAAUGCAGGAUUUUCGACAGCGGACCAUACGUGGCUACCCGUUUCACCGAACUACACAGAAGUGAACGUCGAAAAACAGCUGACAGCAGAAAGAAGCCAUUUGCGAGUUUAUCGUCAACUUGUGGGCAUGAAAAUCGGUGCUGAUUACGUUCGAAAUGACCUAGGAAUAUUUGUGCAACAGAACGUUCUUAUUAUUUUGAGACAUUUUAACAUUGGCACUUCAUUAGCCUCUAUUUACACAAUUGCAAACAUUGGAAAUCAGCAAGCUACCAUCAAUCUGCAAACCUAUGAACCGUCCCUUUCGGUAGGCUUAUUAGCUAUCGUGUGUUCGACAUCCAACCAUACCGAGAAAGAUUUAGUUCCAAUGGAUCUUGUAGUGGUUGAACCGAAAGAAUCAUUCGUGCUAGUGUCUCGCAACUUUCAGCCGGAAGUGCUACAGGUAUAA